UAUAGUCGAACUUAAAUAAAUAAAUAAAACUGUCUACCCACCGACACUAUACAUAAAUUCUCUAUUUCUCAAUGUCUCAAGAAAUUAUGCCAUCCAUGGCGGAUUCACCUGAUGACCCCACCACCGCCGUCGCCACAGAAUUACAGCCGCCACUUCAAUCCCACCACGAUGCUGCUCCCGACGUGGAAAACCCGCCUCCGGUGGAGGCGGAGCGCAUCCAGCAGAGCGACACCGACGACAAGUUCUCUCGAAUUUACAAAGUGACGCCUUACAUGCGCAGCCACAGCCUGAAUAACGGACAGGUGUACGACCCGGCGGUGCUCUCGCUGGGCCCCUACCACCACAGCAAACCCCAUCUCCGGCCGAUGGAGAAACACAAAGAGAAGACGCUUCAAUACUUCUUCAAGGUCAGCAUGAGAUGGGACGAAAAUAAAGACCGGAAGUUCUUCCACGACGAGAUCAAAUCAAACAUAGAAAGGAUCAAAAACAGUUACGAGGAGGUUCCCUUCGGCAACGACGAAUUGGCGGAGAUCAUCCUCCGCGACGCCUGUUUCCUCAUCGACUUCAUCCACAGCUUCACAAUCGGCGGCGCCGUCUAUUUGUUCGCCUCUGAUUACGGCAUGGCUGCCGGUGUUCUAAUGCAGCGCGAUCUGUUCAUGCUCGAGAAUCAGAUUCCCUUUUGGCUCGUCAUACUGCUGCUCGAAUCCAGACAUGGCAAGGAUAAAGCCGACAAGAUCUUGUCCGAGUAUUUAAGUUUGAUAUGCCAUCAGAUAGACGGAAAAACUAAUAUCAGAAGCCUUCCAUGGAAGGAUGACGACGGCAAUGGCCGAUGCCGCUUGCCAGUGCAUCUUCUCGAAGCCACGCGACAAAUUUUACUGAAACGAGAAGAAAAGGUAGAUACAAAAUCCUGUUUUCUUACAAAAAUCUUAGGCAGCUGUUGUAAGAGAAUAAUUAAUUGGAGUUGGACGACCAAGUCGGCCGCCCCAGCCCCGGCCCCCGCUCCCGAUGCCGACUCCGAAAGCAGCAGGAGCAGUAGUUCAAUGGAAAAUGAACAAUUUUUGGAACUCUUAAACUUUCCAUGUCGAUCGGUGACGUAUCUUCAGACAAAGGGGAUAUAUUUCCGGCCGAGUUCCCAGGGCCUGCUCGACAUCAGAUUCGUGUCGUACCAUGUUUACGGGGUGCUGCACCUCCCAAUUCUGGUGGUCAAUCGCGACACCAAGGUUUUCUUCUCGAACAUGGCGGCGUUCGAGAUGUCUCCGCAUAAUCUGACAGAUGGGGAGUUUCUGUCUUACCUUAAUUUCAUGAAGCCGUUGAUGGAAACUGCCAAGGACGUGAAGGAGCUGCGGGAAAGAGGGAUAUUGUUCAGCAGUUUGGGGAGCGACGAGGAAGUGGUGAAUGUGUUCAAAGAGAUCGACACCUACGGGGCCGACAACUACAAGGAUUUCUUAGAGGUGAAGUCGGCCAUUAGCAAGCACUGUCGGAGCAAGGGGAAGACGUGGAUGGCUGAUCUUGCCCACACUUACUGCCGCAGUCCUUGGGCUGCCAUUGCCGUCUUUGCCGGAGUUUUUGUGCUCUGUCUCACUUUCCUUCAGACUUUUUACACAAUCCAUCCUGUCGAAUGAUCCAUCGAUUAGCUAUUUUUAGCCUGCCUGCC